AUUAGCAUGUUAUCGCCUAGCGAGAAAAGAGAUAAGAUAAUACGAGCCACCGAUUUGGAUGCGCUCAGCUGUCGUUACAGCACCAAUAACAAGUCAUAUUUCCAACCGGCCGAUAACUACAUUAAUAAGAUAAUAGCCUCUUAUCAAAAUCAUUUACAGUUUUGCAAAGGGUACUCUCAAUUGUCAGCAGGGAGAACACUUAGAUCGGUCUUUAAUGAGCAGAAAUUGCCAUUGAUAAAUAGAGGAACUUAUUUGCGGACAAAAGUCAUCGAUUUAGUGGUGGAAGAGUUCAUCAAGGAAUUCAAACAAGUGCAAAUCAUUUCGUUGGGAGGAGGCUCCGACACGCGGUGCUUCAGAGUGUUUGAAAAGUACCAGGAGAAUAUCAAGUACAUUGAGUUUGAUUUCCCGGAAUCGGUUAAAAUAAAGAAAUUGGCAAUUGAAAAUGACGAAGAAUUGAAAAAAUUGAUUGGUGAUACCGCUGAAGCCAAAGAAAUUGGCACCAAAGAAGAGUUUGUUCAAUUGGAGAGCGAGUUGCAUACCGCCAAGUAUCAUUUGAUUGGAUUCGACUUGAGAGAGUUGGACCAGUUGAAUGAAGACUACAUCGAUAAAGAUACCCCAACCCUCAUCUUGAGUGAAUGUGUCCUUUGUUAUCUUACCCCCAAGGAAAAUGAAGACAUCAUGAGCUACUGGAAAAACAAACUUGAUAAAAGAUGCUAUUUAAUCUAUGAACCAAUGUCUUUAAAUGAUGCAUUUGGUGAAACCAUGACUCAAAAUUUAUCAAAUAGAGGUAUUGAUUUACAUACUUUCCAUAAGUAUCCAAACCUAACCACUAGACAUAGCUUCUUUCGCGAUACCAUCGGUCUCAACAACGUUAAGCUCACCGAUACUAGUGAUAUUGCCGGCUACUCUGGCAGUUUAUCUAAUAAAGAGUGGAUUAGUACCACUGAAUUGAACCGUAUCAACCGGUUAGAACUAAUCGAUGAACUAGAAGAGAUUAGACUCCUUUUCAAGCACUACUGCUUGUGUUACGGUGAACUGCACAACUUCCAUUUCAACGGCAUCAAUAAAUAUAAGUGGAUGAUUGAAUAGACCUUAUAUAGUCUGUAUAGCUCAAUAUACUGCAUACUCUGACUCAC